AUGGUCCAGGUGACUAGUAACCAUAGUGCAAGUGCACCAGCUCCAUCUGAAUCACCAACAUUGCCACCGGAUGGUCGAGGUGGUGAGGAUAGUAUCCAUGAUCUACAGUUACCCAUGGCUCAAUACAAUGGUAUCGCCCGAUCCAAAGCACGAGCUCCACCACCACCUCUUGGCUAUAAUCCAAGCAAAACUUCUGCUCUUAACCUUCCAACAUCUCCUCGAAACCUUCCAUUAUCACCAUCUUCCUCUUUCACUACAAACAGCCCACCAACAUCGAGUUUUGCUACAGUCACUUCAACGCCUGCUACAUCAGUGGAUACUGCUCAUCAUGGUUCGACGCUCCCAACUUUAAAUCAAGACCACCAUCAUCAUCAUCAUCAUCAUCAUCAGCAACAACAACAACAACAACAACAUGAGCACCAAAGUCCUUCUUCAUUCAACGUUAGGAAAAAGAAGCACUCGACCGCCAAAUCUACAAAUGGAACAACCUCGAAAUGUGUUGUGGCUGACCACGUGGCAGCAGCAUUAGAAUUGACACGCACCAAUCCUCAAGUACCACCUGCGCCAGCAGCAGGAAUGUAUUGGUCAAGAGCAGUGACAUUUAGUGCACGUAGCAAAGACGCCCCAGCGCUUCGUGCUCAUUCAUCUUGUGUGGUUCAAGAUCAUUUAUACGUAUUUGGUGGAUCGGAUGCAAAGCGAUGCUUCAACACAUUGCAUGUUCUCGAUAUGGAAACAAUGACUUGGUCCAAACCAUCCGUAUCAGGCAAACCGCCUCCUCCCUCAAGAGCACACAGUAUGACGCUAGUAGAACGUCGACUUGAUGGCCGUAUGCAACGUGAUCUCUACGUCUUUGGUGGUGGUGAUGGCCCACAUUAUUUCAAUGAUGUAUACAAGUUUGACAUUGGAACCUCAUAUUGGUCCAAGGUGGAAACUGUAGGCAAGCCUCCUAUCCCACGACGUGCUCAUACAGCUAGUUUGUGGGGUAACAAGCUAGUGAUCUUUGGUGGUGGUGAUGGUGGACACGCUCUCAAUGAUGUUCAUACGCUUGAUCUUGCUCAAGAUCCACCUCAAUGGAAACAACUUGAUCCUACAGGAACUCGUCCUCCUCAACGUGGAUACCAUACUACAACACUCGUCAAGGACAAGUUGGUCGUAUAUGGAGGUAGUGAUGGCAAGACAUGCUUUGGUGAUGUAUAUAUUCUGGAUUUAGUGGGAAAUGUUUGGUCUCAAGUGGAUGUCCUUGAUCGUAUCAUCCCGCGUCUUGCCCAUGCUGCCUUACAAGUGGGAUCCUAUGUUUUCGUUAUCGGUGGGCAUGAUGGAAGCCGGUAUUCCAAUCAAGUGCUUAUGUUGAAUCUCGUGUCCAUGGCAUGGGAAACACGUACCGUAUACGGAAGUCCAAUUGUUGCCAGAGGAUAUCACACUGCAGUGUUGCAUGAUUCACGGAUAUACGUGUUAGGAGGAUACGAUGGCAAAGAUGUCUUUGAUGAUGUGCACAUUCUUGAACUUAGUGCAUGUGCGUAUUUGCCACAGAUAACAAACUUUGACAUAUAA